AUGUUAUCGACACGACCGCCAAAGAACAAUGAAAGUACUGGGUCGCUGUCAGAGUCGGAGGACGAGCUGCUGUCCGAAGAUGAAGAAGAUGACGAAGAAGAGGAAGAGGAUGAGGAAGAUGACGACGAGGAGGAAGAGGAGGAUGAAGACGUGUACCCAUCACCUGAAAAAGAC